CUAGCACUGGUAUAGACCUAGUUGCCAAUUGGGAUCAAGCAUUUGGUAUUCUUAGAGAGUGUCUAUAUGGGCAAGUUGGUAUGGGUACUCUUCAGGGACGCACUAUGGCACAGAUGAAUACUAGUAAUAGCUUUAGAAAUCCUUCAAUUGCCCAUAACUAUGCAAAUACUGCUAGUAAUAAUGUAGUAACCAUAGGUAUUUCUAUGAUUCUAGCUGAAGCUUUUACUGAAGAUUGGCGCUUAGCUAGAAGACAUCUAUUAGAUAGACCUGCCAAUACUGUUAAUGCAAGUAAUACUAAUCUUAUAGUAUUUGGUGACAUUCAGAUUGGUCAAGCAUUAUAUUGGCUCAGAAAUGAAUAUCCUAUAGUAAUAAGUGAAAAGCGCAAUUUAGUUUAUAGAUCAUUAGCUCAAGGAGGUGAACCUAUAAGAGACUUUUACUCAAAAUUCUUAAAAUAUGGAAAAAUGCUUAAUCUUGAUGAGCAACAGAUUAAGGGACAAUUUCUAAGAGGUUUGUCUUUAGACUUGGAGGAUGAUGCAGAAUGCAUUGGUACUGAGCAACCAUUAGCUGAUCUUUUUGAAAUUUAG